AUGGCGGACAGAUACUCUUUCUCCCUCACUACAUUCUCGCCCAGCGGCAAGCUGGUGCAAAUCGAGUAUGCUUUGAACGCAGUCAACCAAGGCAUCACUGCCCUGGGUAUCAAAGCUACCAACGGCAUCGUCCUCGCUACCGAGAAGAAGUCGUCCUCACCCCUAGCCGAUCAGAGCUCGCUCUCCAAGAUUAGCAACAUUACGCCCAACAUUGGCACUGUAUACUCGGGCAUGGGCCCUGACUACAGAGUGCUAGUCGACCGCGCACGCAAGGUUUCACACACUGGGUACAAGAGGAUCUACAACGAGUAUCCUCCCACCCGUAUAUUGGUUCAAGACGUUGCCCGCGUCAUGCAGGAAGCCACCCAGUCUGCGGGCGUUCGGCCGUAUGGUGUCAGCAUGCUCAUUGCCGGUUGGGACGAUGGCAUUGAACCUGAGGAUACUGAGGAGGCUGCUCCCCAGACCGGCGAGAAGAAGACCAACAAGAAGACGGGCGGUAUUCACAAGGGCGGCCCCAUGCUGUACCAGGUCGAUCCCACGGGCAGUUAUUUCCCGUGGAAGGCCACGGCUAUUGGCAAGAGUGCGACAAAGGCCAAGACGUUCUUGGAGAAGAGAUACUCGGAAGAGCUGGAGCUUGAAGAUGCAAUCCACAUUGCUCUACUCACUCUCAAGGAUAACAUUGAGGGCGAAAUGAAUGGCGACUCUAUUGAAAUCGGCAUCGUUGGACCCCCUGCCGACCAUUUGUUAGGUCUCGAAGGUGUCGAAGGGGCCACUGGUCCUCGGUUCCGCAAGCUCACGCCGCAAGAAAUUGAGGAUUACCUGACGAGUCUAUAA